AUGGCUUCUCACGUGCUCUUUGAGUCUGCGUCGGGCUAUGCGGUCUUCGAGGUCAAGCUUCGCGCCGAGCUCGAGGCGCUCACCAAGGCCGUCCAGGAGUCGGUCACCGACCAGUCCAAGUUCCAAAAGAUGGUCUCUCUCGUCAGCUUCUCGCCAUUCAAGAGCGCGGCAAAUGCUCUCGAGAACAUAAAUGACGUGUCCGAGGGAACAUGCAGCGAGGACCUCAAGAACUUGCUCGAGUUGAACCUCCCGAAGCCGUCCAAAAAGUCGCCCGUCGUCCUCGGUGUCUCCGACCCAAUCUUCGCCAAUGGCAUCCGCGCCGCGACCGGUGUCUCCGUUGAUACCUCCGAGUCGACUCUCGAGCUCUUGCGCGGUAUCCGGCAAUUCGCGCCCAAGCUGCUCAAGGGCAUGCAAGCUGACGACCUCAUGAAGGCCCAACUCGGUCUCGGCCACUCCUAUUCGCGCGCGAAAUUGAAGUUCAACGUCAAUCGUAUCGACAACAUGAUUAUCCAGGCUAUCGCGCUCCUCGACCAGCUUGACAAGGACGUCAACUUAUUUGCUAUGCGCGUACGGGAGUGGUACGGCUACCACUUCCCGGAACUCAUCAAGCUCGUACCCGAUAACUACGACUACGCGCGAGUGGCGCAGUUCAUCGGUGCGAAGGAGACCUUGAACGCGGAGAAGUUGGACGACCUCGCUGCACUGUUGGGUGACGAUAUGACGCGGGCGCAGAACGUCCUCGACGCGGCGAACGGCUCAAUGGGCAGCCAACUUUCCGAGAUUGACAUGUUGAACAUCAUGGCGUUUGCUGCAAGAGUCGUCUCUAUUGCCGAGUACCGCAAGUCACUCACGAACUACCUCGCGGAGAAGAUGAACCUCGUCGCACCAAGCUUGACUGCUCUCCUGGGCGAGCGCAUCGGCGCUCGCCUCAUCUCGCAUGCUGGUAGCUUGACGAACUUGAGCAAGUACCCGGCAAGUACUGUGCAAAUCCUUGGCGCCGAGAAGGCGCUCUUCCGUGCGCUCAAGACGAAGGGCAACACACCGAAGUACGGUCUCAUCUACCACUCGUCCUUCAUUGGCCGUGCCGGACCCAAGCACAAGGGUCGCAUCUCCCGCUUCCUCGCCAACAAGUGUUCGAUUGCCUCGAGGAUAGAUUGCUACUCCGAGGCACCAACUUCGAAGUUCGGUGAGGCAUUGCGACAGCAAGUCGAGGAGCGCCUGCUAUUCUUUGAGAAGGGCGAGCCACCAUCCAAGAACGCCGACGCCAUGCGCAAGGUUCUCGAGUCUCUCGCGCUUGACGAGGACGAGGCGGAUGCGGAUGAGCCGAUGGAUGAGGACGAGCCCGCGCUACCACUUAUCGAGGCUGAGCCAGUCAAGGCGAAGAAGGAUAAGAAGAAGCGGAAGAGGGACGACGAUGAUGAGGGCGAAGAGGAUGGAGAGGCAGUCAAGAAGGUCAAGUUGAGUAAGGAGGAGAAGAAGGCGCUUAAGAAGGCCAAGAAGGAGGCAGCGGCAGCAGCAGUUGACGGCGAGGCUCCGUCCAAGAAGGAGAAGAAGGAAAAGAAAGAGAAGAAGAAAGAGAAGAAAGCCAAGGCAUAG